AUGAAUCUUCCCCUAAACCAUUGCUACGACUUCAUUAUAAACUUGUAUAUCUAUGGUGGUUGUAAUUCCCUGACGAACUUUACUCUAGAUUUCUUUCCAAAACCCUGCGUACUUACUCUAUGCGGGUGUCCUAACCUACAGAAGAUAUCACAGGGGUACCCUCAUAAUCAUUUGAGGAAUUUGACCAUUCAAACUUGCUCUCAAUUUGAAUCAUUUCCCAGUGAAGGGUUAUCUGCACCGCAGUUAGAGAACUUUUAUAUUGCAAAUUUGGAGAUUUUAAAAUCAUUGCCAGAACACAAGCCUGAACUCCUUCCAUCUCUUACUAAUAUGUGGAUAACCGAUUGUCCAGGAGUGGAGUUCUCUGAUGGAUUGAAACUCUCGAAUUGCUCCAAACCUGUUGCCUCACUGAAAGAGGCUUGGGGAGCCAACCCCUCCCUAGAAAGGUUGUUUAUUUCAGAAGAGGAUGUGGAGUCUUUUCCGGGUGAAGGUUUGCUCCCACUCUCUCUUACUACUCUAACAAUAUAUGAUUGUCCAAAUCUUAAAAAGCUGGACUACAAUGGUCUCUCUAAGCUCUCCUCUGUUGAGGAGUUGUUUCUUCGUAAGUGUCCUAUACUCCAAUGCUUGCCAGAGGAGGGUCUGCCCGAAUCCAUUUCAACUCUCCAAAUUAUAAACUGCCCGUUGCUCAAGCAGAGCUGCAAGAAACAAGGUGAAGACUGGGAAAAGAUUGCUGACAUUAAAAACAUAUGGAUUGAUCAUGAACGAAAAACUUGGAUAAUUGUUAAGGCGGUGAAGUGGGGAAGCUUCUGGCAUUGUUUCUUUGAUGACUGUAGUCUGUUGGCGGGAUUUAUGGUGUUGUGGAUAUCUAGAGAAAUUCAAAGCAACAAUGCGUCUGCUGUUAAUGAAGCUCUGAAUGAAAUUCAUGUUGAGGAAGAGUACUAUGACAGACUCGAUAAUCAAUUCACCUGCAUUACUACUUAG